AUGACUCAAAUAGAUGUAUCAGAAUUAAAAUGCCAAGAUCAUAAUAAAAUUGUUACAAUUUAUUGUUGUUCAUGUGAUAAAUAUUUUUGUAGAAUAUGUGAUUUAGAUAAACAUCAAACUGAAGAAGAAGCAUUACAUAUUAGAGGUUUAGUUAAUAAAGAAAUUAUAACAUAUGAUGAAGAAGAGGAAGAGGAAAUUGAAAGACAAAAACAAAUUAAAAAUUUAAAGACAAAGAGUGGCAAUACAAUUUUAAAUGAAAUCGAGUUAAUGAGCCCAAUUAAAAAAGAUUCACCUUAUUAUAAUAAAGAUAAAAAUGAAAUUAAUAGUAGUUCAAAAAUAGUUAAAAAAGAUAAAGUAGAAAUAAUACACGAAGAGGAUGACCCAUUUGAAAUAGUUGGUGAUAAUAGUAGUAAUAAUAAUAAUAGUUUAAUAGAUGUAAAUGAACUUAGUGACAAUAUAAAAAAUAAUGUAGUUUUAGAAAAAGAAGAGGAAAUAGACGAAGCAAAUAAAGAUAAUAAUAAUAAUUUAAAAAAUAGCAAAGAUGAUAAAAUUAAAACAACUCCAUUCAAAAAGAAUUAUAAAAGGGAUAAGAUUAUAGGUGAUAGUGAUGAAGAACAACAUAUUUUAACCAGUAAUAAUUUAAGCGAUGAUGAAGAUAGUUAUAAAGAAAAAGAACCAGUAGUAUCAUUAACAAAAUCAACACCAUCAACAACAGAAACCACAUUAAAUAAAAAUAAUAAUAAUAAUAAUAAUGAUAAUAGCUUAUCAUCAAAUAAACCAGAUUUAGUUGAACAAACAUACGAAGAAGAAGAAGAUGACGACAGACAUGUCAAAUCAUUUAAAAAUCCAUAUGAUAAGUCAUUCAAGUCGAAUUCAUGUGCAUUGGAGGAAGGUGAAGAAGAUGAUUCAGAAGAGAUUGAACAAGAAAAAGAAGCAGCCCAUGUCGUUCAAGGUAUUGUCGAGGGUGCAAUUUAUUUAGGUACUGGUAUUGCCACUGGUAUAUCAGGUGUUGUUGCCGAACCAAUUAUUGGCGCUAAAGGUGAAGGUGCUAAAGGUUUCUUUAAAGGUGUAGCAAAGGGUAUAUCAGGUGUUGCUUUAAACCCAAUCAAAGGUACAAGUGGAUUUUUAACCAAAACAGCAGAGGGUCUUAGAAACACACCAACCACCAUUUUUACAACCAAAGAGGACAAGAUGAUGGGUGGUCCACAAGAACCCCUCAAAGAAAAAGAAGCUGCUCAUUUAUUUGAAGGUUUUUAUCAAGGUACUGUUAGUUUAGGUAAAGGUGUUUUUAAUGGUGUCACCGGUAUCGUAUUGGAGCCAAUGAGGGGUGUCAAAGAUGACGGUGCCAAGGGUUUCUUUAAGGGUGUAGGCAAGGGUCUUUUGGGCGUAGUAGUCAAACCAAUUUCAGGUGCCAUGGAUUUCGUAGCCAAACCUAUCGAGGGUCUCGCAAACUCUCCAAACACUGUAAUUAAUUUAAUCGAAAAUAGACAUAAUAACAAUAAUAAUGGUAGUGUCAAUGGUGGCCAACCAUUACCAUACGACGACGAAAUUUAG